AUGCUUCCACCACAUUUGGCAGCUCUCACUCUCUCAUUCAUUAUCAUUGGUGUCAUCUUGUUUUUCAUACUCGCCCUUCGCGCUUUACAACUCUUCUAUUAUUGUUUGGAAAUCAUCUGCUUCAAAUACAUCUUGGUUUGCGACGAUCGCGCAUUGUUGGAUGAACGAUGCAAAUAUUAUCUCGAAGCUGGAUAUGUUAUCGAACCAAUCAUCCCAUUCCAAUCUAACAUGCCCAAAUACUGA